AUGAGGCUCCUCCUCCUCGCGCUCAACUGCGCCAUGCUCUCCGUCGGCGCUGGCGGCGGGCCCCUCCUCAUGCGCCUCUAUUUCGUCCGCGGCGGCGUCCGCGUCUGGCUCUCCAGCUGGCUCGAGACGGGCGGCUGGCCCAUCAUCUUCGUCCCCCUCGCCGCGGCCUACUUCCGCCGCCGCGCCGCCGAGGGCCCCUCCGCCCGCCUCGUCCUCAUGGACCCCUUCCUCUUCGUCGCCUCGGCCGUCAUCGGGGUCCUCACGGGCCUUGACGACUACCUCUACGCGUACGGCGUGGCGCGGCUCCCCGUCUCGACGUCGGCCCUGCUCCUCGCCACGCAGCUGGGCUUCACGGCCUUGUUUGCAUUCCUCCUGGUGAGGCAGCUGUUCACGUCGUACUCGAUCAACUCGAUAUUCCUGUUGACGAUGGGUGCCGGGGUGCUGGCGAUGCACUCGAGCAGCGACCGGCCGAAGGGGGAGUCGAACCGGGAGUACUAUGCGGGGUUCUUCAUGACGCUCGGGGCGGCGGUGCUGUACGGGUUCAUACUACCGCUGGUGGAGCUGAUGUACAAGAAGGCCAAGCAGGCGAUCACGUACUCGCUGGUGUUGGAGAUUCAGUUGGUGAUGUGCUUCUUCGCCACCGUUUUCUGCACCAUCGGCAUGCUGGUCAACAAGGACUUCCAGGCGAUUCCUAGAGAAGCCAGGAACUUCGAGCUCGGAGAAGCCCGGUACUACGUGGUGCUCGCGUGGAACGCGAUCGUCUUUCAGUUCUUUUUCUUGGGAGCCAUAGGAGUCAUCUUCUAUUCUUCCUCCCUGUUCUCAGGGAUUGUCAUCGCCGUUCUCCUCCCGAUCACAGAGAUCCUUGGGUAGAGAAAGAGU